GAACACACACACACACACACCCUCUGUGUUCCUUCGGUCCAACAUGAGCGGGUUCCUCCACCGACAACGGCGCUCUGACAGAACCGACCAAUCAGACGGCGGAGCGAUCCAGGUGCACAGCGUCCGCGACGUGGAACAGCAACUGGACGCCCUGAAGAAGGAGAACUUCGGUCUGAAGCUGAGGAUCUACUUCCUAGAGGAGAACCUCAAGAACCGGGACCAGAACCAGAACCAGACCGGGGACCCGGACCUGGUCCAGAUCCAGGACCAGGACCCGAAGCCAGACCAGGACCAGAUCCAGGACCAGAUCCUGGUUCUCCUGAGGGACACGCAGCGGCAGAACGUGGAGCUGAAGGAGGAAGUGGAACGUCUGAGGAGAGAACGGGGGGAGGGGCCAACGGCCAGGUCGGAAGGGGUGGGCGUGUCCGAGGAAAAGGGGGCGGGGCUUCCUGUGGAAGCGGAGUCAAGGUGCCGGACAGACGGGGAAUCAGGGUCGGACCAGGUGGGCUUGUCCGAGGAAAAGGGGGUGGGGCUUCCAGUGGAGGCGGAGUCAAGGUGCCAGACAGACGGGGAAUCAGGGAAGUUAGCGGUGCUGGUCCAAGCCCAGGCCCGGGAGCUGGUGGAGUUGCGGCGCCGACAGGAAGUGGGCGUCGGCCUGUGCCAUGUUCUGUCCCGCCUCCUGGCUGAUGCGUCUCCUCCCUGGAAAGGAAGCUCCGCCUCCCCCUGGAACCUGAACCCCAGUGGGGGCGGAGCCUCCUGCUGCAGCUGCAGAGGGGCGGAGCCACGGCCCGGCAAAUCCAAGACCGGAUCCGUGGUCGCCAUGACGACGACGAGGCACUCGACACCUGUGUGGAGGACGAGGAGCUUCCUGAUGGCCUGAGCAUUAGCCCCGCCCCCUCCGACCUGUCUGACAGCUUCUCUUAUGUUUCGGACACGCCCACUGGCCAGGAGGCGGAGCCUCGGAAAAACCACUUCACAGGUUUGACGGAACUCGAGCGUCUUCACGAAGAGAACCUUCUGCUGCAACGGCGCCUCGCGGAUAGCCUGGAGGAGGUGGAGCUGCUCCGGGAGGCGGUGCUUAUGGAGCACAGCCCGAGUGAGGGGGCGGAGCUAAAACAGGAAGAGACCCGUGAUUUUGUGGGUGGGGCUAAUCCCCCGGCUGUCCCUGGGCGGAGCCUGUCAUCCCACGGUGAUGUCACUGUCCUGGAGCCCCGCCCCCUUCAGAUUCUGAAGCAGGAAGAUGGAGAGUCCAUCGUCCGACAACUUCUCCGGACGCGAGACGUUCUCCGGAGAACCAGGAGGAACCUGCAGGCGAGGAUGGCCCAUGCUAACGCCAGCGUUCUCACAAUGGGAGCGUGGUGACGUCACUGCUGGAGUUAGGCUCCGCCCACAUGGACUGUCUCAAUGCUAAUGCCCUGGCGAAGGGGGCGGGGCUUACACAACAGAAAAAAGAAAUGUAUUUGAGCUAGCUCGAUGGCAUGCUAGCAUUUUUUUUAAAUACAUUUUUUGUGUUAGCGGCUAGCUAGCUACGCUAGCCUGUCAUGCUAACAGUAUGAGUGCGAUUAGCAUGGCGAGGCUCUGUUAGCAUGUUUAUCUGUUGGUGCUGUUUUCCUUUUUGUUUACAAGUAAACAAUCAGUAAGAAGAGUCUGCGCUUCGUCUCCAACAGGUUUCAAAACUUUCUUUAAAGUUUCGGAAAAUUUGACAUUUUUGAUAAUCUAGCCAAAAAUGCUAAAGUGGCGACAAGUAGUGAAACAUGCUAAAAAUGCUAAAGAUGCUAAUGCUAAAGCUCCGCCGCCAUGUUCCAGUAGAAAUGACUGACGAUUGAUCAAUUUCCACCAACCGAGUACGAGCACUUUUUUAACGUUAAAAUUACGAUUUUUAUUUCCUAUUUUCACCAAAAAAACGGUCUGACUGUAGCCUCGCCAGUUUUUAAGGUAAAAACUACAAACUGCAGACCAGUUUCUCUUCUCCCCAAUUCUCCAAAAUACUUGAAAAAUUAUGACAAGAGACGAGAAUGUUUUAUGGAGAGAUGUGUGUGCAGUGUUUAUUAUUUAGAUAGAUAGAUAGAUAGAUAGAUAGAUAGAUAGAUAGAUAAAAACUUUAUUAAUCUCCCAAGGGAGAAAUUCAGGUAUCCAGCAGCACACAAAUCAUUCACACGCAAGUAAUAAAUAUCAACAGUACAAUAAAUAAAAGU